AUGAACCGUUCAAAGAAGGAGAAGGAGAAGGUGCAGCAGUUCAAGACAAUCACGGGCGCUAGCGACAAGAUCGCCUUGGACUGCCUGCGCGCGACCGGCUGGGGCAUCGAGGCCGCGAUAGAGUACUUUUACGCCAGCGGCCUGCAGGGCGCGGUGCCCAACGUGGACAUGCGCGCGAUAGAGGCGCUGUUCACGCGCUACAAGGGCGAGCCGGCGGGGCAGGGGCGCGCGCGGGUGGCGGCCGGCGGGGACCCGUCCGACGGGGUGAUCAUGGCGGAGGGUGUGGGGCGGUUCUGUGACGACCUGGAGGUUGACCCCUCAGACAUCGUCAUGCUGGUGCUGUCGUGGCGCCUCAACGCGGCGACCAUGUGCGAGUACAGCCGCGAGGAGUUUGUGGGCGGCCUGCAGCAGCUCGGGUGCGACAGCCUGGAGAAGCUCAAGAGGCGGCUGCCCGACAUCAGGGCUGAUCUCAGGGACCCUGCCAAGUGGCGGGAGAUCUACAACUACGCUUUCAACUGGGCCAAGGGGAAGAACCAGAAGUGCCUGCAGCUGGACGUGGCGGUGGGCAUGUGGCAGCUGCUGUUUGCGGAGGACCGCGCGUGGCAGCACGUUGACGCGUGGUGCGGCUUCCUGCAGAAGCAGCACAACCGCGCCAUCAGCCGCGACACGUGGGUGCAGCUGUUUGAGUUCGCCCGGGCCGUCAAGCCGGACUUCUCAAACUUUGACGAGUCCGCGGCCUGGCCCUACCUGUGA